AUGCAGCGGUCAGAAUCCAACGCAUCAAAGACCUCUGCAUCCAGAGCUGCAGCACAACAUGGGGAUUCGCUUUGGCAAACGAUAACCCGCCAAUCGACUUAUUCCACACGCAAGGCCGACAAUGAUGCACGUGAUGUUGAUGGGAGUGAAGAUGAAAAUGAUCCGUACGAUCCCACCUGGGCUCUGGCAGAUGAAGUCAAGAGACGAGUUGAAAGCGACAAGGCCAGUGGCCUCAAAGAACGGAAACUUGGUCUCACCUGGAAAAAUCUCACUGUCUAUGGCGAGGGUGCAGGAACUCUGGUCCAUGAAAAUGUCUUUUCCACGUUCAACAUUCCCACUCAUAUUGCAGAGUCCAGACAGCGAAAAAAAGGUUCUUCCAGAAGAGCCCUCAUCCAGAAUAGUUUCGGCUGCGUGAAGCCAGGCGAGAUGUUGCUUGUACUCGGAAGGCCGGGCUCAGGCUGUACAACCCUUCUCAGCACGUUGGCCAAUCGCAGAUACGCCUAUGUGGGUGUCGAAGGAGAUGUUUUUUACGGCUCGAUGGACUACAAACAAGCAAAACGAUAUCGGGGCCAGAUUGUUAUGAAUACUGAAGAAGAGCUCCAUUUCCCAUCUCUCACUGUUGGUCAAACAAUGGACUUUGCCACGAAGAUGAAGAUUCCAGAUCAUCGACCAGAGGAUAUGAAGGGCCCUCUGGAAUGGCAGAAGGCCUUUAAAGACUUCCUUCUUCGAUCCAUGGGUAUUGAACACACACAUAAUACUAAAGUCGGUAACGAAUAUGUACGAGGUGUGUCAGGAGGAGAGCGCAAGCGUGUAUCGAUCGUCGAAACUAUGGCUACACGAGGAAGUGUCAUGUUCUGGGAUAACAGCACACGAGGUCUUGAUGCAAGCACUGCUCUCGAGUGGACUAAAGCAAUUAGAGCCAUCACCGACAUCCAGGGAAUCGCUAGCGUCGUCACACUCUAUCAAGCCGGGAACGGAAUUUUUAACCUCUUUGACAAGGUUCUCGUCCUGGAAGAAGGUAAACAAAUCUUUUACGGUCGGACAGAAGAAGCACGCCCCUUUAUGGAGAGUGUUGGAUUUAUUUGUGACGAUUCUGCUAAUGUUGGGGACUUUCUCACUGGCGUUACUGUGCCGACCGAGCGGGCUGUGAAACCAGAGUUUGAACAUCGAUUCCCGAGAACAGGUGCCGCGAUCCAAGAGAUUUACGAUAGGUCUGAGAUCCGAGCACGCAUGGAAUCUGAACUCGAGUAUCCCAACUCCGACGUCGCGAAAGAAAACACUGCCGAGUUCCAAAGAUCUGUCAAGGAAGAAAAGGCCAACAGUCUGCCUAAGAACUCGUCUCUCACUACGCCCUUCCCGGCACAAGUCAUGACCUGCGUCACUCGCCAAUAUCAAAUCAUCUGGGGCGACAAAGCCACAUUUUUCAUCAAACAGAUUUCUUGUCUCGUCCAAGCGCUCAUUGCCGGAUCUCUAUUCUAUAAUGCUCCCGGAAACUCUGCUGGUCUCUUCGUCAAAGGAGGUGCUCUUUUCUUCGCCCUGCUAUACAAUUGUCUCGUCGCCAUGAGCGAAACCACUGAAUCAUUCACCGGCAGACCAGUGCUUGCCAAGCAUAAAGAAUUCGCGUUCUAUCACCCUGCAGCAUUCUGCAUUGCCCAGAUCACAGCGGAUCUUCCCAUUCUCUUUGUGCAGGUUACCCUUUUCUCCGUCGUUCUAUACUGGAUGGUCUCACUGAAAGCAACGGCAGCGGCAUUCUUCACUUUCUGGAUCUUCGUUUACUCGGCGACGAUCUGCAUGACGGCUUUCUUCCGUCUCGUCGGCGCCGCUUUCAGCAACUUCGAUGCAGCUUCUAAAGUGUCCGGCUUCGCCGUUGCGGCGUUAGUCACCUACAUUGGAUACCAAAUUCCCAAACCUCAGAUGCACCCUUGGUUGGUGUGGAUUUACUGGAUCGAUCCGCUGGCGUAUGGGUUCGAAAGCCUGAUGGCGAACGAAUUUCACGACCAGCACAUUCCCUGCGUCGGGUCAAGCCUCAUCCCUAGUGGAGCGGGAUACGAUGCCAGCUUCGCCGCUUGUGCUGGCGUGCGAGGUGCUGCAAGGGGCGCCAACUUCGUUACUGGCGACCAGUACUUGGAAUCUCUUUCGUACUCACAUUCUCAUCUAUGGAGAAACCUGGGAAUCAUUUGGGCAUGGUGGGCGCUAUUUGCUUUCUUGACGGUUUUCUUCACCAACCGAUGGAAGCCCUCCUCUGGUGGUGGAGCACUGCUUAUCCCACGUGAACAUGUCGCCCGCAGCAAGCCCAAUGUCGUUGAUGAGGAAUCCCAGGUCCAUGAAAAGGAAGGAACGAGCAGCGCCAGCUCCCUUACUGCUCGUGAGAAGGGUGAUGGCGGAAAGGUUGACAACGGCACGGAGAGCAAGUUGAUCCGAAACACUUCAGUCUUUACUUGGAAGAACUUGUGUUACACGGUCCACACCCCGUCAGGCGACCGACAGCUUCUCGACAAUGUACAAGGCUGGAUCAAACCUGGUCAGCUAGGAGCCUUGAUGGGCUCAUCAGGAGCGGGCAAAACCACACUUAUGGACGUCCUAGCACAACGUAAGACCGAAGGUGUCAUUCGCGGUAGCAUCUUGGUUGACGGCAAAGAGCUGCCAGUCUCGUUUCAACGCUCCGCUGGCUAUUGUGAGCAGCUUGAUGUUCAUGAGCCAUACGCUACGGUACGUGAAGCCCUGGAGUUCUCUGCAUUACUUCGGCAGCCUCGAGAUAUACCUCGCGAGGAGAAGCUUAAGUACGUCGACACGGUCAUCGAUCUACUUGAGCUGCACGACCUCGAGAACUCUCUUAUCGGCCGUGUUGGCGCUGGACUCUCGGUUGAACAACGUAAACGAGUGACGAUCGGAGUUGAACUCGUUGCUAAACCGAGUAUUCUUAUCUUUCUUGACGAACCCACUUCAGGCUUGGAUGGCCAAGCGGCAUUUAAUACACUUCGAUUUUUGAAGAAACUCGCGGGAGCAGGCCAAGCUGUGCUCUGCACUAUCCACCAGCCCUCUACACAGCUCUUUGCUCAAUUUGACACCUUAUUGCUCCUCGCCCGAGGUGGAAAGACAGUGUACUUUGGCGAGGUAGGUGAAAAUGCAGCUAAGGUGAAAGAGUACUUUGCUCGAAAUGGCGCUCCUUGCCCUCCCGAAGCAAAUCCCGCUGAACAUAUGAUCGACGUCGUCUCUGGAUCAUUGUCGAAGGGUAAGGAUUGGGCCAAGGUAUGGCUCGAGUCUCCCGAGCAAGCCAGCGUUGCCGAAGAGGUCAACCAAAUCGUUGCCGAUGCAGCUUCGAAACCUCCUGGAACUGUCGAUGAUGGCCAUGAAUUCGCGACUCCUUACUGGGAACAGACAAAAUUGGUCACUCACCGAAUGAGUGUCUCGUUGUUCCGGAACACCGAAUACGUCAAUAAUAAAUUUGCCCUUCAUAUUGGCUCUGCUUUGUUCAAUGGCUUCACCUUCUGGAUGAUCGGUAAUGCGGUUUCGGACAUACAACUGACGCUUUUCGCGCAAUUCAACUUUGUCUUCGUUGCUCCCGGUGUGAUUGCCCAACUUCAGCCCCUCUUCAUUGAACGCCGUGAUCUCUACGAAGCGCGGGAGAAAAAGAGCAAGAUGUACCAUUGGGGACCUUUCGUCACCGGCCUAGUUGUUUCGGAAGUCCCUUACCUUAUCAUCUGUGCAGUCUUGUACUACGUCUGCUACUACUACACCGCCGGCUUACCAGGUGAUUCCAGCAAGGCCGGUGCGAUCUUCUUCAUUAUGCUGCUCUACGAGUUCUUAUACACCGGCAUCGGACAGUUCAUCGCGGCCUAUGCCCCUAAUGCUGUGUUCGCAUCUCUGGUCAAUCCUUUGCUCAUCGGUACUCUGAUAUCCUUCUGCGGUGUGCUAGUGCCUUACGCCCAGAUCCAAGAAUUCUGGAGGUACUGGCUGUACUACAUCAACCCUUUCACCUAUCUCAUGGGCGGCUUACUGGUGUUCCCUCUGUUUAGCAAGGAGAUCCACUGCAAGGAGCCGGAGUUCGCCGUCUUUGACACUCCCUCGCAUCAAACCUGUCGAGAGUAUCUUGCCGACUACAUGCAAGGCAUGGGCGCCGGUAUAAACCUUGUCAACCCUGAUGCCACCAGCGGGUGCCGUGUUUGUCAAUACACCAUGGGCAGCGACUAUCUGUCCACCGUUAAUCUGAAGGAUUAUUACUAUGGCUGGAGGAACAUUGGAAUAUUGGUUAUUUUCGUGAUCAGCAGUUAUUCCCUGGUGUACGUGCUAAUGAAACUGCGGACCAAGGCAACCAAGAGAGUGGGCGAUUAG